AUGGGCAGAAACCCUAGUAGUGGUGAAGAUGGAUUGAAGUUCAAGAAACAAGUUUGGUCGACUCUUGAAGACCAAAUCCUCAUCGAUUACGUCAAAGUUCAUGGUCAAGGGAGAUGGGGCAAAGUUUUUAAGGCAACAGGCCUCAGAAGGUGUGGACAGAGCUGUAGGCUCCGGUGGUUAAAUUACCUAAGACCAGAUAUCAAGAGAGGAAACAUAUCACCUGAAGAAGAAGAGCUCAUCAUUAGGCUCCAUAAGCUCCUGGGCAACAGGUGGGUUCUUAUCGCGGGAAGGCUCCCUGGCCGAACAGCCAAUGAGAUAAAGAAUUACUGGCAUUUGACCAUAAAGAAGAAGCUAGUCCAAGACAACGAUGACCCAACAAUGAACUCAAAGUGCGAGGAUAAUAAGCUCAUAAAGAACAAGCCCCUGGACGAGAAGGCGGCAGCUGAAUUGCAAUGCGACACGGAUCGUGACAGUAAGCCAUGUAAGGCAGAAGGUGUUGUUUCAGAUAGAAUGAUGGAUAUAGUUGAAGGGAAGGGUCAGGGAGGAGAUCACGAGGAUGACAUGAUUUCAUGGGAAAACAUGAUGAUGGACCUCAAUGUGGAGGAUAUGAGGAUCUCUGAUAAUCAGUACUCUGAGCUCUUUGAAGGCAAUCAAGAUGGAGCGAAUCAAAACGGGUGGCUUUCUGAUGAAAUGCUGUCUAAAUGGGUUACUGAGUUGAUGGGGUGA